GAGUCUGUCAUGCUGCUGCCAGGCCCCUAAUCUGCCAUGGGCCCCUAUAUAUAUACCGCCUCCUCAUGCUGCUGCCAAGUCCAGAGUCUGUCAUGGUCCCUGUACGGCCUCCCAUUGCUGCUGUCUCCAUCGCCACACUCUGCUGCCAUGUGCCACUUUCAGGUCUCUUCACACUGCUGGUGUGUUAAAUUUUUUUGACAUAGGGUGCAGGCAGAUUACGGGCCUCACAUAGCUGCUGGCCCCUAAUCUGCCAUGGGCCCCUAUAUACCGCCUCCUCAUGCUGCUGCCAAGUCCAGAGUCUGUCAUGGGUCCCUGUACGGCCUCCCAUUGCUGCUGUCU